AUGAUCGUGCAGCAGGAGGACGAGGAAAAGGAGGAGGAGGAGGAGGAGGAAAUGGAAGAGGAGGAAGACGACGACGACGACGAGGAAGAGGAGGACGAGGACGAGGAGGAGGAGGAGGAGGAGGAGGAGAGCAUGCAUCCGGGAAUCACGGUCUCCAAGCCAACGCGGCUCCCCGCCCUCGCGGCUCUGAAAUGGGUGAUACGGGCGAGUGUGCGGUGUGUACGCACGGGCCGCUGGGCCCUGUUGUGGGAAAGCGCGGAGGACACCACUUUCUACACCGAGGAACCGGACGAGAACUGGCGAGCCUCCCUCCCUCAAGGGAGCCUGAGUGUCCUCUCAAGCUGGCAUCCUGUCUACACGACUCAUGCCUCCCUCCUCAAUGUCGAGGCGGGGGUGACUUUUUACGUCAAGCCGAAGGGCGAGGGAGAGGAACGGGAGAGGGAAUGGGCGAUCGCCACGGUGGAAAAGGAGAGCUGCGAGGAUCAUACAGUCUCCUUUGUUGGCCUCAGCUUCAAAGCCCCCGACGUGUAUUUCUUGGGGCAGUUCGUUCGGAGUUUGUUGGAUUGA